AUGAACAGUCCCUACCCAACACCGAUAACCCCAUCACAAACCCGAAUCGGAUGGAUAGGCACAGGAGUAAUGGGCGCUGCAAUGGCCUCCCGGCUUCUAUCCGCCGGCUACGUGCUCAACAUCUACGCUCGAACCCCUUCCAAAACCCUAUCACUCCAAUCGCAAGGCGCCCAUCUCGUUGACUCCCCAUCGGAAGUCGCCAAAGCAAGCGAUGUGGUAUUCACAAUGCUGGGACACCCAUCAGAUGUUCGACAAAUUGUCUUAGAGAAUCCUGAUUCAAUUCUAUCUUCUUUAAACCCCGGCAGUGUCAUAAUCGAUCACACUAGCAGCCACCCAACUCUUGCGGAACAGAUUUUUGAUGCUGCCCGCGAGAAGAAUUGCUGGUCUGUCGAUGCUCCGGUAUCCGGUGGUGAUAUUGGCGCUAGAGAAGGGAAAUUGGCUAUACUAGCUGCCGGAGAUGAAGGCGUUGUGAAGUGGCUAUCUCCUUUGUUUAAUUUAAUGGGGAAACCGACUUACGUGGGUGUUGCUGGGUGUGGACAGAGCUGUAAGAUUGCUAAUCAGAUUACAGUGGGUGGGAGUUUGUUGGGGUUGAGUGAAGGACUGGUGUUUGCUGAGGCGGCAGGGCUGGAUAAGGGACGGUGGCUGGAGGCGGUGAGGGGAGGAGCUGCAGGGUCUAUAGCGAUGGAUUUAUUUGGGGAUAGGAUGAUCGGAAGGGACUUUAGGCCUGGUGGGUUUGCUGAGUACAUGGUGAAAGAUUUAGGGAUGGGUUUAGAUGUUGUGGAGGAGGAGGGUGAUAAGGUGGUGGUGUUGCCCGGCGCUGCUUUGUCUAAGCAAUUAUUUUCCGGCAUGGUUGCUAAUGGGGACGGUAAGCUUGGGACUCAGGGGCUUAUCACAGUUGUAGAAAGGAUUAAUGGCAAGUCAUAA